UGAACACGCUCGGGAUUUGAGUUUUCGAUGCAGCCCCUGUGACAGCGCAAAUCGCACGGAGAGUUUUCACGGUGUAGCCGAAUUUUUCGUGAAGUUAUUUCUCGUAUGCUUUUCAAGUCCAUACGUCGAUAGCGGUGUCGCGGUGCACGUAAAAUGGGUCAAAUUGAAUGCCUAAUUUGAAAAUUUCGGGUGCAGUACGACGUAGUGACUGGAGUGAAGUAAUUACGUGUCGUUGAACUGUCAAAAGAGAGGAUGUGUCAGCUUUCCGAUUCCUUUCCUACAUCGGUUCGUUCGGUGAAUUUUGCAAAACUGAUGCACACAAUUUUCAAUUUGAUGUAAACGGGAAAAACUCAGGAACUCUACUUGCCUACUAUAGUUUAUAAGGCGAAAAUGUCUUUUGUGAGUGGCACGACGGGCAGCGAGGCUGCACAAAAAUUCCUGGAGGUUCUGCAGUCGGACUUCCGCAUUCUGGCACAAGAAACGAAGAAGAAAUAUCCGCAAAUUAAAGAAUCAUGCGAAGAAGCAAUAUCGAAACUAAACACAGCAGGGGCCAGUCAGCAGACCCCAGUAUAUUACGUGGUAAAUCAAAUCUUAUAUCCCCUCGUUCAGGGAUGUGAAACCAAAGAUAUUAAAAUAAUAAAGUUCUGUUUGGGAAUGAUGCAACGGCUGAUAACGCAACAAGUAGUUGACCAGAAAGGCGCACGAUAUAUAACAGACGCUUUGUGGAUGCUUAUGGAAUACGGGCUCGAAGAAGUGAAAGUGUUGCAAACUAUUACAUUACUGUUAACAACAAACUCCGUAGUUCAUGGUGAAACGUUGGCGAAGACUUUAGUACUAUGCUUUAGGCUACACUUUACAAAGGACUCAACAAUAGUAAAUACAGCAGGAGCUACUAUACGUCAACUAGUUUCUCUGGUGUUUGAGAGAGUCGUAACAGAACAAGCUACCAGUAGCACUGACGAAGGAAAUGCAAAAGCAAACAAUGCAGUGGAGCAACAUUCGCAAAACAGUUCAUCUGGUGUUGAUAUAAAAAAUCUCAAACCAUGUGCUGCAGAUGCAUUCCUCUUAUUUCAAGAUUUAGUGCAAUUAGUGAAUGCCGAUCAGCCAUACUGGCUGCUAGGAAUGACUGAGAUGACAAGGACCUUUGGCUUAGAACUUUUGGAAACGAUAUUGACUAGUUUCUCUUCUGUUUUUCAUAAGAAUCCCGAAUUCACUGUACUCCUGAAAGAACGUGUUUGCGCAUUAGUAAUAAAGUUAUUCUCACCUAAUAUAAAACAUCGAUCAUUGCCGCCAGCUGCUAUUCCAGUUGGUGCGGGUCACGACAAGCCGUAUUUUCCUAUCAGCAUGCGACUAUUGAGAUUGGUUUCGAUCUUAAUACAGAAAUACCACAGUCUGCUGGUUACAGAAUGUGAAAUUUUCCUAUCAUUGAUAGUGAAGUUCUUAGACCCAGAUAAACCGGUGUGGCAACGGGCGCUCGCCUUGGAAGUUAUACAUAAGAUGGUUGUGAAACCGGAGUUGUUGAUUUCAUUCUGUAAAUUCUACGACUUGAAGGAUCAUGCAACCAAUAUAUUCCAAGACAUGAUCAACUCUCUUGGAGCUUAUGUGCAGAGUUUGUUUAUAAACUCACAGAUGGCAAGCACGAUGGGUUUAAAUGGUCAGCCACCGGGAUCAAAUCUACCUGUAAAUCUCCCCACUGGACCAUCAGCAUCGCCUAACCUUGGAUUCAUGUUCCGUGGCGUGUGGCUGCCUAUUGUAAUCACUUUUCCCACUGGCCAGUCAAAAUCAGUCUACUUGGAGAUGUUAGAUAAAAUGGAACCGCCUUCAGUGCCCGAUGGAUACGGAAUAUCUGUUGGAUAUGCAAGUCUUCUGGAUAUUGUGAGAUCACUCUCAUUGGCAAUAAUGGGUCCAUCCACGCUGGGCGAAACAACUCAAGUUCCCUAUAAGGAUCGUGUGACAGAAGAAGACAAAGUUUUGCACUGCCAACUUAUAAAUUCCAGUUGGUGUGGACUUUUGGCCGCGUUUACGCCCCUUGUUGAUGCAGCGACGGAUGAGUCAACAACAGAAAGUAUCUUAAAAGCGAUGCAAAAUUAUGCGGCGCUCUGCGGAACUUUAGAAUUAUACACCCCGAGGGAUGCGUUUAUAACAGCAAUAUGCAAAGCGUCUUUGCCGCCACACUAUGCACUAUCUGUUUUGAAUGUUGGACAUCCAGGUGUAGGCUUUAGAUGCCAUUCGAGAACUAAUAGUCAAGAUUUAAGCGGCCAAUAUAUUAGUACAUGCGGAGAAAAUGAUUUCCGGCAGCAGGUAGUUGCAGUUGGUACACCAUUACCCACAUCUUCACUUCCUGUCGGUGCACAGCAAGGACCGGUGAUGCUCACUGCCAAAAAUUUACAAUGCAUGCGAGCAUUAUUGCAUGUAGCUCAUUGUCAUGGGAGUAUAUUGGGUACAUCUUGGCACAUUGUCUUGGCUACUCUUCAACAUUUAGUAUGGAUUUUAGGAUUGAAGCCGUCCACUGGAGGAAGCUUACAGGCUGCUCCAAAGCCAGCGAUUGAUGCUAAUGCUGGAAUACAAACGGCAGUAAUGGCAGAUUUGCCGGUGUUGUCACAAAUGCUGAGUCAACUUUUCGAAUCGAGUCAGUAUUUGGAUGAUGUAGCCCUUCAUCAUCUAAUUGAUGCGCUUUGCAAACUUUCUCAUGAAGCAAUGGAACUUGCGUAUACAAACAGGGAGCCAUCACUUUUCGCUGUCGCUAAACUGUUAGAAACGGGUCUAGUGAAUCUUCCACGAAUAGAAGUGCUAUGGCGACCCUUAACCAAUCACUUGCUAGAAGUGUGUCAGCACCGUCACAUACGCAUGCGAGAGUGGGGCGUUGAGGCAAUAACUUACUUGGUUAAAGCUGCUUUGCAACAUAAAUAUGAGACGCCAUUGAAGGAAAAUAUGGCGUUACAAACGCUUCUUCUCAACCCCUUGGCCGAACUAUCGUCAGUACCACACGGAGAUGUAAGACAACGUCAACUUGAGUGCGUUCUUCAAGCUCUGAACGGUGCUGGUGAAACUUUAUCGUACGGAUGGCCUGCAGUGCUCGGUAUUAUCGGCGCCGUGAAUGAUCAUCAUGGGGAAGCACUCAUACGAAUAGCCUUCCAAUGUUUACAAUUGGUUGUAACAGAUUUUCUACCAGUCAUGCCAUUUAGAUGUCUGCCGUUGUGUGUCAAUACGGCCGCUAAGUUUGGAUCUCAGACUCAGGAGCUGAAUAUAUCCUUGACUGCAGUUGGAUUAAUGUGGAACAUUUCCGACUAUUUUAAUCAAAAUCAAAACAAGCUGAUGCAAGCUGUUAUUGACGAUGGAUCAGUAUUACCAGAUUUUCCGGGUACUGUGAACAUGCCUCAAUUUGAUAAACUGUGGAUGUGUUUAUACGCUAGAUUAGGAGAACUUUGUGUCGAUUUGAGACCAGCUGUAAGAAAAUCAGCCGGUCAAACACUAUUUUCGACAAUAUCAGCCCACGGCAACUUACUGAACCCACCGACUUGGCAAGCUGUGCUUUGGCAAGUAUUGUUUCCACUAUUGGAUAAAGUCAGAAGUCUAUCGAGUUCGGCAAGUAAUGAAAAAGUUGACACAAGUGGCAAUAUUUUGAUACAUCAUUCGCGAAACACCGCUCAGAAACAAUGGGCUGAAACUCAAGUACUAACGUUGUCGGGAGUGUCUAGGGUUUUUAACACGAAACGUCAAUUACUGCAAAUGCUGGGUGAUUUUCCCCGAGCGUGGUCGCUUCUGUUGGAAUUUAUCGAAAGUUCAGCACUGAGCAAAAGCAAUGAAGUGUCACUGGCUGCUCUGAAAUCUUUUCAGGAAAUUUUGUACAACAAACCUGAGAAGAGUGAUAAGUCGAAAGAUACCAGUCAAACCAAUGAUGCGGACAUUUGGAAUGUUGCUUGGCAAGUUUGGCUUAAUAUCGGUACUGAAAGCACUGAACCCCCAAAACCAGAAAAUUUGCAUGAAAAUACUGAGGAACUGUAUAUUCCGAGUCAAGCAUUUUUAACGGCCUUAGUACAAAUAUUUCCCGCCUUGUUCCAACACAUCAAGACAAGAUUCACGGAACAAGGUUUGCACAAACUUUGCGUUGUCUUAAUGAAUGCUGUUGCAGUGCCAGUGCAUAGCGACGUGACACCCUACAUUACUUCGACUGCCUCUGAUUCCCUCCUGUCACCGUUGCACGACGGAGUUCUAGAAUGUAUGGAGCUUUUACAAAAAGAAGCCAUGGUCGAAUCUUCACACAUGAAAAAAAUGAUCCCUGCCAUUUUCCGUCAGCUACUUAGUUUUAGUAAGUUCGCAUGCAUUCCACCGUCAUUCGAAACGAUGGAUUCAUCUAAUAUGAAAUCGAGUCGAAUAAAUCCCAGCAAUUCAACCAUCGAAUGGGUUAGUAUGAAUUACAUUCCGUUCGGUGAGAAGGCGUUAAAUCUUUCAGUGAAAUUGUAUUUGGAAACGGCACGAGAAGAUGUUGUGAUUGAAGGACAAAUUUUACAUGAGAUAAUUAAGGCACUAAAAGUUCCGUUGUCGCUUAAAUAUAAAUGUAUGUCGUCAAGUACGUGGAAACUGGCGAUUUCAAGCCUAUUGUCAGUGUUGCAUACUGGAUUCCAGGUGGCCAGAUCAAGACCGAACUACUUUACAGGGAUGUGGACAGAUUUGUUUGAAACUCUAGAUCAAUUCCUGUUCCCCACGAGUGUAUGCACGGUGGAAGAUCGUGGAUUAGAAGAAAUUGUUUUAGACGAAACCAUAGAUUGCCAAGUGAUUGAAUUACUGCGAGAUGAAAUACUGCCUUAUUCAAAUGAAAUACCGCAUCAAUUCAUACUAAAUAUUGUUGUACUUUUAAACAAAGGAUCUAUCCAUUCAGCGACUGGAUCGAAUAUAGGUUGUGAAUCAGAUUGGAAAUUGCGUGAAAUGUUUGCAAAAGUAUGCUUCGAAACUCUACUUCAAUUCUCUCUCCUUAAUGACAGCAGCAAUAAUAAUGCAGCCACCACUCCAAAUGGUGAGAAUGGAUUUGCUGGACGUUUAGCAAUUACGGCGCUUCUGCAUCGAUUCCAAGAAGUUUUGAAACGCUUCAAUGAUGACGAACGUCAAAGCGGAAAGUGUCCAUUGCCAAGGUACAGGCUGUCUGAGAUAUCAUUCGUCCUGAAAGCUGUAGCAACCCUAAUCAUGUCCAUGAAAAAGGCUCCACCAGCAAAAGUGAAUAAAACUGCCUGGGAGCAACUUAUUGGCUUGUAUCCAUACCUAGUAGAUUGCACAACAACAACAUCAGCAGAAGUCUCACGAUCGUUGCGAGAAGCUUUACUUCAAUACACGGAGCUGCUACAGGCCCCAUCGAACGCUAGCAAUGAGUCGAUCGCAAAUGGUGUGGAGAGCGUUUGCUAAAAUCAAACGGCACGAGAAAAAUAAUUUUAUUAAUAUACACUUUAGCGAGUAGAAAAGGCAAAGAAUAAAAUCGUUUAUAACUUCAAGAGAGCUGAUAUGAAUUUCUAUACUUGUUCCUUUUCCCUCUAUUUUCAUUUGCUUGCUAAUAAUGCGUCAAGAAGUAUUGUGUACGAAUUGCUUCUAAAUAAUUGAAUCGAAACAUAUUAAAUAUGUAGUAUUGAAUGUGCAAUCUUUUGUAUAUUUAUUUGUCAUAUUUACUGUCGUCCUAUUUCUCACCUUGUUAUCUUAAUUAGUAUUGAGUUUAGUGUUGUAAUUAUGUUGUUGUAAUGUGAGUGGUAAAAAGACAUUGGGAAACCGAUUAAUGGCUGAAUCAAGUGUUAAUGGGAGUUUUUCAUUAAAUUUUAGUUAUGAAGAAUUAA